AUGUCUGAAGUUGAUAAAGUAGCAGAACAGGUCCAAAAGACCUACUUGGACGACGUCACCGGCGAACAAGUGUCCAAGACUGAAUUGAAAAGAAGACAAAAGCAAAGAGCUCUCGAGGCCAAGAAAGCUCAAAAAGCAGCAUCAGCUCCAGCACCAGCUCAAAAAGCCGGUAAAAAGAAAGAUGAAUUGGCCGACUUGAACCCAAACCAAUUUCACGAGAUUAGAUCACGUCAAAUUGAAGAGCUUCGUGAAAACAACUACAAGGACCCAUCUGCUUUGAACCCAUACCCACACAAAUUCGAAGUCACCAAAAGAUUGCAUGACUUUGUUAAGGAGUACGACUAUUUGAAGAGAGGUGAAACCUUGAAUGAUAUCACUGUUCAAGUCACUGGUAGAAUCAUGACCAAAAGAGAAGCAGGUGCCAAGUUGAGAUUCUACGUCUUGAAAGGUGACGGAGUGGAAGUCCAAAUCAUGGCUCAAGCUCAAGAUGCUGAAUCCGCUGAAAUUUACGAGAAAGAGCACGAUUUGUUGAAAAGAGGUGAUAUCAUCGGUGUUGUUGGAUACCCAGGUAGAACUGCACCAGCAAAAGGUGGUGAUGGUGAAUUAUCAGUCUUUGCAACCAAGGUGCAAUUGUUGACCCCAUGUUUGCACAUGUUACCAACUGAACAUUAUGGAUUCAAAGACCAAGAAGCAAGAUAUAGAAAACGUUACUUGGAUUUGAUUAUGAACGACAGAAGUAGAGACAUUUUCAAGGUUAGAUCACAAAUUAUCAAGUACAUUAGAAAAUUCUUGGACGACAGAGACUUUGUUGAAGUCGAAACUCCUAUCUUGAAUGUUAUUGCAGGUGGUGCCACCGCUAAGCCAUUCGUUACCCACCACAAUGACUUGAACAUGGAAAUGUUUAUGAGAAUUGCCCCUGAAUUGUUCUUGAAAGAAUUGGUUGUUGGUGGUAUGAAUAGAGUUUACGAAAUUGGAAGACAAUUUAGAAACGAAGGUAUUGAUAUGACUCAUAACCCAGAAUUCACCACCUGUGAGUUUUAUCAAGCAUAUGCCGAUGUCUACGACUUGAUGGAUACCACAGAAAUGAUGUUCUCAGAGAUGGUUAAGGAGAUCACUGGUGGCUACGUUGUUAAGUACCACCCAGAUGGCCCUCAAGGUAAGGAGUUGACCUUGGACUUUUCUAGACCAUGGAAGAGAAUCAAUAUGAUGGAAGGAUUGGAAGAAGCUUACAAGGUCAAAUUCCCACCAGGAGACCAACUCCAUACUGAGGAAACUGCCGAGUUCUUGAAAAAAGUGUUGAAAGAUAACAACUUGGAAUGUUCUCCACCAUUGACCAACGCAAGAAUGUUGGACAAAUUGGUGGGUGAAUUGGAAGAUGCUUCAAUUAACCCAACCUUUAUCUUUGGUCACCCACAAAUGAUGUCACCAUUGGCCAAGAGAGACAGAGAGAUUCCAGGUUUGUGUGAGCGUUUCGAAGUGUUUGUUGCCACUAAGGAGAUUUGUAACGCAUACACAGAGUUGAACGAUCCAUUUGACCAAAGAGCCAGAUUCGAAGAACAAGCCAGACAAAAGGCGCAAGGUGAUGACGAAGCACAAUUGGUUGAUGAAACAUUCUGUAAUGCUUUGGAGUAUGGUUUGCCACCAACUGCUGGUUGGGGUUGUGGUAUUGAUAGAUUGGCCAUGUUCUUGACCGACUCAAACACAAUCAGAGAAGUGUUGUUAUUCCCAACUUUGAAACCAGAUGCUUUGGUUUUGAAAGGAGAAGAGCCAUUGAAAGCAGAGCAAAAAGAAUAA